GAGUGUGAGCGCACACUUCCCGACGGCCGCCACGGCCACGCUGAGUCAUGGAUACAGUAAUGGAUCGCGGUGCAGCCGAUCAUCUAUAACCAGGCGGAGCCCCCAGCGCGCUGUCCCCGUGCCGACCCCGCUGUGCUGACCAUGCUCUGCUGGCCUCGGCUGCUGCUGCCUGCCUUGUGUUGGGUUCUGUUCGCUCCUCAGACAUCGGCACAAGCAGCCGACGAGUGCAGCGAGCGCUGUGACCUCUACCACGGACACUGUGACGAGGAAGGCGUGUGCAGGUGUGACCCCGGCUGGCACGGACGUUUCUGUGAAGAUUGUGUGAGGAUGCCGGGCUGUGCCCACGGCUCGUGCCAUCAGCCCUGGCAGUGCAUGUGCCACCCUGGCUGGGCGGGCAAGUUCUGCGACAAAGACCUGCUUAUCUGCGACCAGGCGAAUCCGUGCCAGAACGGAGCGGAGUGCGUGAGCGAGCCGGACGGGGAGCACUCCUGCAUCUGCCCGGAGCCCUUCCGAGGCACCAACUGUGAACUCAAGAGGGGUCCGUGCGACACAGCCGGGUCUCCGUGUCUGAAUGGAGGGACGUGCCAGGAUGACGGCGGGUUCGCAGACACGUUCGCCUGCCGCUGCCUGGCCGGAUACGUCGGCAGAUUCUGCGAGGUGGAUGUGGACGAUUGCCUGAUGCGUCCCUGUGCCAACGGCGCAACAUGCCACGACGGCAUUAACCGCUUCUCCUGCGAAUGCCCCCUGGGCUUCCAAGGUCGCUUCUGCACGGUCAACAUCAAUGACUGCGCCAGCCGGCCGUGUCAUAACGGGGGCAGAUGCUAUGACCGGGUAGGGGACUACGAGUGUUAUUGCCCCAAGGGCUUCAUUGGGAAAUCCUGUGAGAUCCCUCUGCCAGAACCCACUUGGGCCAAUGACCAGGCCACUUCACGCAGAGACCAGACCACCGCACCACCACCUGCUGGGUUCUCCCAACCAGCUCGGAACCCACCGGCGAGUCCGCAGCCAGGCGCCGGCAACUUCAAGAUCUCUGUUUUCACCCAGAAAGAGCCCAGACUCAGCACCCGGCAGAUGGUCAUCGUGGCGGUAUUUGGGGGCUUGACCGCUUUCCUUGUCCUCAUCACAGCGACCGUUCUUCUCUGGUACAGAAACCGAGGCUCCGGAUCGAUGGGCUGCUGCAGAGAGACUGUUCCUGCCACCAAAACACAUUACCACGAGUGCCAGGACUCACGGAAAACCACCGAGUUAUAAUAAAUCCCGCGGGAGGGAACAGAAGCCUGGAAAUCCAGCCGCUUAGCUGACAGGGGCUUGCUGGACAGUUGUGGCCCUUCAGGAGCCAUUGUCCCAUGAAAGUGGUUUCUGGCACAUGUCAGGCGAUGCGUGCUGUAUGACCCACGCGGUCUCCGUGACACCGUCCAUAACGUGCAGGACAGGCCCUAGUGGACCUCGUCGAUGGUUUUAGUAGACAACAAAGUGACCCUGUGGUCUCCUUGUUACGGGGCCCCGGUCUAACAUUCUGUUGUCCUCACCGCAGGUCCAAGUGGACCACGGACCAACGUUCCCGUCCCAGGUUCUAGCGGAUGGUGGAGCAGAGUUCAGCGUCCUGGUCCAGGUUCUGGUGGACUUCUCAUUGACUUUGCUCCCAGGAGACAGAGAAAGCACUCGCGGGUCCUGGUGGACAGGCAGCGCGGGAUAAGCGUGAAGAAGCCCUCUGUACCCGCGGCUCGUCCUUUCUGGGAGUAAAUCACGGGGCGCCCCCCCCAUCAAUACCGCCGUCUACCAUAACCAAUAUGUUUAUGUCUGUAAAAUAAAGAUAUUAUUGCAAGUUGGUCUCU